CUCUCCUCAGUCGCAACCCAUCAAAAUUAUAUGAUUAAAAUACUAAUCAAAGGGACAAAACCGACUGCAGAAACAAAACCACCGCCGCUGAAACCAAAACAGCUCCAGAAACCCUUUGAACAUUCCCACUCCAGAUCGUCUGUCAAUGACUUCUCUUCUUUCUCUUUGUUCUCUCUCACUUAUAAUUCUUAAUUUCCAUUUUCAAUUCUCCAAAAGACCGUCUAUUGCCCAUAGUUUCCAAAACCGUUCCCAAAACCGACCCUGCUUCCUCGCACCUCGCUAAAUAUAUAUUGAUCACCCAAAACUCCUCAAAACCGACAAUUAAUCAACUCUUCCAUUGCUGUCUUAAACCCCACUUUGUAAAAAUUCCAUCUUUUUAACGUUUAUACCUUUGUGUUAUUACAUGGAAGCUGCUAAUCAACUCGGGUCAACUGCUCAUCCUAGCUCGACACCUGCUCCUGUCCCUGGCAUCGCCUCUACAGGAACUUUGGGGCGCCAUUUGGCUCGGCGACUGGUGGAGAUUGGUGUCAACGAUGUUUUCUCAGUCCCUGGAGACUUCAACUUGACACUUUUGGAUCAUCUGAUUGCAGAGCCAGGGUUGAACAAUAUCGGCUGCUGUAACGAGCUUAACGCUGGAUAUGCUGCUGAUGGGUAUGCACGGUCAAGAGGCGUGGGGGCUUGCGUGGUGACUUUCACUGUGGGUGGUCUCAGUGUGAUUAAUGCUAUUGCUGGUGCUUAUAGUGAGAAUUUGCCUGUGAUUUGUAUCGUCGGUGGCCCCAAUUCUAAUGAUUAUGGGACUAACCGGAUUUUGCAUCACACUAUUGGGUUGCCUGAUUUUAGCCAGGAGCUCAGGUGCUUCCAGGCAGUCACCUGUGUUCAAGUAGUCGUGAAUAACUUGGAUGAUGCACAUGAGCAAAUUGACACUGCAAUUUCUACUGCUUUGAAGGAAAGCAAGCCCGCUUAUAUUAGCAUAAGUUGUAAUUUGCCCGGAAUUCCUCAUCCUACCUUCACUAGGGAGCCAGUGCCGUUUCUUCUUUCUCCAAAUGUAAGCAAUCAGUUAGGAUUAGAGGCAGCUGUUGAAGCAGCUGCUGAAUUUCUAAAUAAAGCUGUGAAACCUGUCAUUGUGGGGGGACCUAAAUUAAGGGUGGCAAAGGCACAGAAGGCCUUUUUAGAGCUCGCAGAUGCCACUGAAUAUCCAUUAGCUGUUAUGCCCUCAGGGAAAGGGCUAGUACCAGAACAUCAUCCACAUUUCAUUGGGACAUACUGGGGUGCUGUUAGCACUAGCUUUUGCGCAGAGAUUGUGGAGUCUGCCGAUGCCUACAUUUUUGUUGGCCCCAUCUUCAAUGAUUACAGCUCUGUUGGAUAUUCCUUGCUGAUCAGGAAGGAGAAAGCAAUCAUGGUGCAGCCUAAUCGUGUGACUAUCGCCAAUGGCCCUUCCUUUGGCUGGGUAUUUAUGGCUGACUUCUUAAGUGCAUUGGCCAAGAAGUUGAAAAAGAACAGCACAGCCAUGGAAAAUUACAAACGUAUCUUUGUACCUCCAGGCAUCCCUCUGAAGUGUGAGAAAGAUGAACCUCUUAGGGUCAACAUACUCUUCAAGCACAUUCAGCAAAUGCUAAGUGGAGACACUGCAGUAAUUGCUGAAACUGGAGAUUCUUGGUUCAACUGUCAAAAACUCCGUCUCCCUGAGAAUUGUGGGUAUGAAUUCCAGAUGCAGUAUGGGUCUAUUGGCUGGUCUGUUGGUGCAACUCUUGGAUAUGCUCAGGCUGCCAGAAAUAAGCGAGUGAUUGCUUGCAUUGGUGAUGGGAGUUUCCAGGUAACAGCUCAGGAUAUUUCAACAAUGAUCCGUUCCGGACAGAGGAGUAUAAUAUUCCUUAUCAACAAUGGCGGUUACACAAUCGAAGUAGAAAUUCACGAUGGCCCCUACAAUGUGAUCAAGAACUGGAAUUACACCGGCCUUGUCGAUGCCAUCCACAAUGGUGAAGGCAAAUGCUGGACAGCAAAGGUUCGAACAGAAGAUGAAUUGACAGAAGCAAUUGCAAGAGCAACAGGAGAACAAAAGGACGCUCUAUGUUUCAUUGAAGUUUUGGUGCACAAGGAUGAUACUAGCAAAGAGCUGCUGGAAUGGGGAUCCAGAGUUUCUGCUGCUAACAGCCGUCCUCCAAAUCCACAAUAAUGAUUUUGGUGUUUUCGAUGUUCACAAAUAAGCUGAUGAUUGGAAAUGCAAGUAACAUGAGAUUUGGUACCAUGAUCUACAUCAGAGCUAGAAAUAAUUGCAUGUUUGCAUGAGAUAUCUCUGGUCCUGUCACUCUUUUUCUGGUUUUCCUUUCAAGCCAUGUUUUUGUAACCAUUAUGUGUUGUACAUUAAACUUUAAGGUGGGAUGCGGUGAAGAAUUCAAUCUGAUCAGAAAUAUUAAACUUGUAA